AUGGAAAGUGCUAGCGUUUGUGUCCCCGAGUCAGGAUCAGACGGAGUCACAGAAGGCGAUCGGCAGAGCGAUGGAGAAGUUCGAGUCCAGCAUCAAACGGUUCAAGGAGAACCUCACCAGAGCAGCAGCAGCAACAAGCAGGACCAGGAUGAUCGAGCCAACCGCCUACGGUACAGUCCGGAAAAGGACGGCGCCAUUAAAAUUGGCACCUCCUCGGCGACCGACGAGGCACGACGCGACGACUCCCAAGCAGACGGAUACCGUCCAGGAAGGCCGAAGCGGCGCAGGCAAUCACUCCAGAACCGAGGGACCACCAGCCCGGAGGGGGGCGAGUCAUCCCGCAAGGGCACCGACGCAGACGGGGAUCGUCCAACCGGGCCCGAGCGGAGUGACCAACCACCCAACGGGAACAACUGGCGGAGGAGACCCGAGGCAGGCGAGCCAGGAAGGAAGGGCCCAGUCGAUGACGGGGAACGUCCGGAUGGGCCCGACCAGAGUGGCGCACCUCCCGAGGGCCGAAGGGGAACACCCGAGGAGAAGCCGGGAGCCAGGCGAACGGCGGGCGCUGAACCAACAAGCACAGGCCCGUACGACAACGACAACAGGCAAGAUCAGGGUAGCAGCGGGCACUCCGCCAAAGGACAACGAGACGAGAGCCGUGGAAUCUGCGUCGCCGGACAGGGAUAUCCUCGAGCUCCACACCGAGACCAUCAACGAGUUGGGGUGGACGGUGCCAACCGGAGCCAGGAUAUCGGACGAAGUCAUGGCAAAAAUAAGGGCAAACCUGGCGCAAAAACCGAAAAGGACCCAACGGCGAUGGCUGGAAAAAGACGGAGAAAGGUGGUGGCGCAUCAUAUCGAACCGUGGCAAUUAUGUGACGGGUCCCGUAUAAUUCUCCACGCCGACUUCAGGGUCCAACAGCAUCUGCUUACGUUGAUUCCAGGGUACUCGACGGAAUUCGGAGCAGCCGCGUACGGAAGACCGCGUCCCCGGACGAAGACGCGAGGAACGAAAAGCCUCGCUGUGGAAGACGGAAACUAG